UUCCACGGAGACACCGGUGAGGUUUUUUUCUUUGUGCCUUCGAAAGUGUUAUAAUACUUUUCUUUCUUGUUUUUCUGUUUAAGUCGGUGAUCUACAUAAAGAGGAUGGAGCUGCGACCAUUUCUGAUGUGCUUUGCUCUCUGUGUGGUUUAUGCCACCAGCAAACCCACUGAGAAAAAGGAUCGUGUUAUUCAUGAUGAACCCCUCAGCAACAGAGAGCACAAUGACGCAGAAAAUUUUGACUAUGACCACGAUGCCUUUUUGGGACAGGAGGAGGCAAAGACCUUUGAUCAGCUCACGCCGGAGGAAAGCAAGGAGAGACUCGGCAUGUUGGUUGACCAUAUAGAUGAGGAUAAAGAUGGGUUUGUGACUGUUGAAGAGAUGAAGAAGUGGAUCAAACACGCCCAGAAGAGAUGGAUCUAUGACGAUGUGGAUCGGCAGUGGAAGAGUCAUGACCUCAACGGUGACGGUGUGGUGACCUGGGAGGAAUACAAAAAUGUCACUUAUGGAUACAUGCUUGAUGACCCCGAACAUGAAGAUGGCUUCAACUAUAAACAAAUGAUGUCUCGUGAUGAAAGGAGGUUCAAAAUGGCUGACCAGAAUUAUGAUAUGAAAGUGACCAAGGAGGAGUUCACAGCAUUCCUUCACCCUGAAGAGAUUGAUCACAUGAAGGACAUUGUGGUGCUGGAAACCAUGGAAGACAUUGACAAGAAUGGAGACGGUUUCAUUGACUUGAACGAGUAUAUUGGUGACAUGUACAACCAAGAGGGAAAUGCCUCAGAACCUGAGUGGGUGAUGACUGAGCGAGAACAAUUCACGGAGUUCAGGGACAAAAACAAAGAUGGGAAAAUGGACAAGGAUGAAACUAGAGACUGGAUCCUUCCAAGUGAUUAUGAUCAUGCUGAGGCAGAGGCCAAGCAUCUAGUCUACGAGUCUGAUGUAGACAAGGAUGGCCGAUUGACCAAGAAAGAAAUUGUGGAUAAGUACGACCUCUUCGUGGGCAGCCAGGCGACUGACUUCGGCGAGGCUUUAACUCGACAUGUGGAGCUGUAAUGUCUGAGUGAUUUGUUCAUCUUGUGUGCUACUCUUCUCAUUUGGCAGUUCCUCAGAGCUUUGAAAUAAGAUGAGCUUUACUAAACCAGAACCACGGACAAUAACUUUUUUUUUUUUGGUCCUUUGAACACACCAAUAUAAAUGUGUGCACUUAUGUCCAGUGUGUUGCGCAUGUCUCUGGGAUAAGAGUCCAGGCUUUGCUUUGCCAUGCUGCCCUUGAAGGCAGCAUAACCUUUCCUUUAUUUUAUUUUAAUUUGUGUGUGUGUGUGUAUAUAAACAUUAAAUUCCAUUGACGAAGAUUAUUUGGACUAGUGCAAUAUAGUGAGCCUGCACUGUUUGCAAAUCAUCCACUGAAAUGCAGACUCUAGCUCUGAAGGGCAGUUUGUGCUGUUUAAGGAAUCAAGAAUUUAUAGUUUUUGUUUUUGAAAAGCUGCCUUUACAACACCUCAGUAAUGUUUGUACAUAAAUGAUAUUGCUUGUACUCUUGAGUGACUUUUUUUUAGUGCUGCCUGAGUUGAACUUCUCAUUAAAAGGCAAAAACAAAGUUUUAUAAGGUGGAUGGGGAGGUACUUUUUCAGUCGACAUCUUGACACUUGCUAAAUGCUUUUACUCCUCAUAACUACCGUAUUUGUCACCACUGAUAAUUUUCUUUAUCCUAUAAUCUAUAGGGUCACAGCACCAACAAGCCCUUCACUCAUGACUCUACUGUAAAUAGUUUUUUAUUCUAUUUUUUUGGAUUGCAAACCGCACUCUGACAGAUCCAGUUUUGUGAUUGGGAAAACAUUAAUAAAACUUUGAAUUG